UAUCCUAAACAAACAUAGGAGGUAAUUUAGAAGAAAUGUUUACCAUUAUAGGACGCAACUAUUAGCCAUUCCCUUGGGUAUCGCUCUUCGCCUAUUUUUACCCAGCAUAUGCAUUAUACAAUGCUAUUUUAGUGUGUACGUUACAUACGUCCUGCUACUAAAAUAAUAUUAGCUUUGAAAAUGUGGAAAACGCAGUCAACCCAUAAAAUAAUAAUAAUAAUAAUAACAGCAUUAACAUAACGGGCGUAUUAUUGAAAGUGAGUCUGAACCCAGCGACAUUUCCAAACAAUCAAUCGUCGCGGCGAAUCAGUUGAAAUGGAGAGAUCGUAAUAAAGCGUAUACUUUCACUCGAGCCCUUUUAAAUUUAAUGCCGAUCAAUACUUCGUCUCGCUUCCCGUGUUUUCAAGGACCGUUUCCCCGGGAAAAUUAACCCUCGUCGUUGUACACCCAUCGUUUUCUCCACACCGGUCUACUUGGGGUGGACCUGUAGAAUGUGCGUAAACGGUGUUGACGUCGUCGCGAAAUCCCUUAGGAACUCACUGCUCGUGUCCACCACUGUCUGGAUUUGGCGCUGUCGUCAAAUCCCAGGCACCAGGAUGCGACGACCGAAUAUCGACGUACACUAUACCGUAAAAAAUAGAAACGUCAACAAGUUACAAGUAUUAGAUAUUUAGAUCGUAACAAUUAUAAACAUAACUUAAUACAACCGUUACAGGAGUCGUAGAGGAGUUAUAUACGUGCACUUAUUCGUGUCGUGAGCAUUACCACCACCAUCAUUAACCGGUUAUCAAAAGAAACUGAUAUUGCGUACCAUAUUAUCACAAUACAAUAAACACAUUAAUAUAAACUUCCUCCCCCAAUAAUUUUUUUUGGAUAAUAGAGCAUCUUAUACGCAAUGUCGAAGGAAGUAAAAGAGUACGACAGCAAUCGUUUCGAUGAUCUGUUCUAUGCGCAUGCAGAAAUUUAUAUGAAUAAUAAUCCCUUGGAAUCGUACGGGCCAUGCGAUUGGAACGACUUUGAUUUUGACCGGAUGUCGGAGUUCUCUAUGGACGUCGUGCGCCCAUACGUGGAGCGACUGCUGAAAGCGCACAGUGAGGGGCCGCUGCUGCACACCAUCAUAGCGGUAAACCUUGAGUGCGUACCGAUAGAGGCCAAAGGCAGAAAGUUCGGUUUCAUAGAUAAAUCUUCUAUAGAUACGACGAAAAUGCCGGACCACAUGGUGGGACUAGUAGCCGCUUGCGGCAUGGAUUUAAAUUUGGCAUGGGACAUGAAAUACGUAUGCACCAGGUGUCGGUGUUCAAUACGAAUACCGGAAAUGAUUAUGCCGACCGUUCUCGAAAUGUUACACGCUCACAUAGGGGUUUGCGAGAUGUCGAUGGAUAUGAGAUAUUUCAAACCUUUGACGGACUUUUGGAAGAAGUGUGACCGCAAAAGGUAUAUAAACUUACUGCACAGGGCCGUGACCGAGACCGUGCUCAUAAAGCUGGGCUUGCUAAUGGUUCAUCCGCAAGAUUACGAUGAGCUGCCAUUCUCGGUUUUUGUACGCAACCGGUGCGUGUCGUUGCACGUGGUGUUACGUUCGCGCAAGCGUCAUCCGCAGUAUGAUGAUGAUGCGAUUAACAGGAUGGCGGAAGCCGGCUACCAUACGUUCCCGAAUCCAAAACAGAUGACCUGGAAAGAAUUAACAAAAGAGCUCAAGGACUUUGCGCGCCGUCCGAUUAGCGAGAGUAAGAUCACGUGUUUCAGUUGUCAUCACGAGGUCACUCUGAGCAAUGAAUUCGUCAGUAACCCUUGGAGAUACCACGCUCAGGAGUCACCGAAGUGCAAUUUUUUGUUGAUGAAAAAGGGCGAGGACUAUGUUAAAGAGGUACAGGAAUCGACGCACAAUUUUUGUCAGAAGGAAAAAAAAGAGUCAACCAAUAAGACCGUCAUGGAACUCUCAUUGAAAUUGAAACCACCAACACCUCCUAUGGGAGAUUUUUUCAACUUUUGCAAAGUCGUGACCGGUCAAAAACUAACCGAAUCGACAGUUGUCUUGUCGCCGACCACCAUGACAGAUUGCACCGUGUGCAGCGUCGAGAUGCGCAACGUCGUUUUGAUACCGUGUUUACAUAUUGCGACCUGUGUGGAUUGCUCGUUCUCAGUUCGUGAUUGUCCGCUCUGCAGGAAGUUGAUCAACGGCUUCAUGAUGCCGCUAUUUGAGCCCGAUGGUUCGUUCUGGAUGCGGCCAGAAUGCAUGGGUGGAAAUUAUUUUAUGAAUCUGCCGUGCCGCCACUUGAUAGAGACAUGUGUCCCAGACAAUGUCGAACGAUGUCCGAAAGCUAAAGAUGUGGAAGUUGACAAAAUUAAUUGCGUUGUGUGCGGUAACGUGAACAUGGCAAGAAUAAGGGUCUACCUUUAAAUAUUAGGCACUGCGAGUAUAAAUAUAUUAAUGUGUAGGCAGUGCUCGAGUUAUUGACAAAAUAAAAUAUAGUUAAUACAAUAUAUAUAUGUAAGUCCAAAGUUGUUUAACCCAAAUAACGGCGAUUACCUCAAAGAAAAAUAUUAACUCCGGAUUGUUUGAUAAAAAUAAUGUAUAACUAGUCGCAUUGUCUUAAAACCUCCUAAAUCAUUAAAAACUAAUUUAUUAAUAUAGGACAAUUUUGAGUGUAGACAAUUUUAAUUUUAAUUUGAUACUGAAGUUAUUUCAUCUAUACAGAAUUACGUAAUUAUGUUUUUGUAUUUCUCUUUAGUUAUUUUCACUAUAAUUUUAAAUCUAAAUUUAUGUAUUUAUUAUUAUCUUUCUUUUCUGUUUUUAUUAAUUUUUUGAUUUUUCAUAUUUAUAAUUCAAAUUGUUAAAAAUGAACUCGUUCUUGAACAUAAGCUACAGCUUAAAAGAGUAGAUAUUAUUGUAUUUAUAUAUUAUAUCAUGUAUGCAUAAGUAUUAUAAAAGUAAAUAACAUAAUAAUAGAAAAAAUAUAUAGGUAAUAAUUUAAAUAAAUAUGACGGGGACUCAUCUAUAUGCUUAGAGCCGGUCAACACUAUCCGUUUUCACUGGUCCGUUGGUAAUCGGUGAAAACGGAUAGUGAGGACCUAGCUUUAGGUAUAAAAGUUGAAUGUUCGGUGUUCCUAUAUCUGUUUAUAUUAUAAGUUAUAUCGCAAUGCCGUAUACCUCCUUUCAUUUAAAAUAUAUUAAAACAAAUUUCUUAAUUACUUUUCGUAAAAAAUCGAUUAAAACAAUUGAAGCUAAUAACAAUUAACUAGGUAUUACCUGUUAGUUGGGUUUGAAUUUGAAAGUAAUACAAACAAUAAAAAUCAUUAAAAAUUUAAAUAAAGCAAAAAAAAAAGUAUUUAUUUACUAACAACCAUAACAAAACACAUUUUAAUCUAUAGAAAUAAAUUACGGAUAUUUUAAUAAACGUUAAAUUAACUUUAUAAAUAAUUUAAAUGUAAUUUUAAACAUAAUAAUAUACGUCAUACGAUAUUGAUGAGUGACAAUGUUUUGUUUUCGAAAGCUUAUAUUAUAAUAUAUAUAUAAUAUAUAUGCGUGUGUGUGUGAAUUUGUUUGUAUAUGUAUACACAAUAAAUAGUAUAAAAAAAUUUCGAUUUUUAACUCUGAUGAUGGCUUCUGAUAGAAAAUGUCGUGUUAUUUGUACCUACUGUAUAAUUUUUAAUUUUAUAUAAGUACAAAAAACUAUUAUGAUUAGUUAAUAAUAAAACACAGAAAAAAAAUUUAUGAGUAAAAAAUACUUACCCAUUACCUUAAAAAUUAAAUGAAACACAUUGUUAUAGGUACAAGAAUUAUACCUAUAUUUUAUCAUGAAUUAUGAUAGAUCUUGAUUAUGCAUUAUUAAAAAAAAAAGAAAGACAUUUGCCUUCAAAUUCAAUUCUAAUCCUACUUAUUAGUUAUUGUGUAUACUUUACUUUAGCGAUUAAUGAUAAGUUAUCAUUAAAAUUUCAUUUUUUAAAUCGUUUUGUCAUGAAAUUAAUUUUGUGCUCACUUAACAUGUCAUACGAUCAACCAGAAUAAAUAUGCAAAUGCAUACGAAUCUGCGUUUUAUUGAUAACUUAUUAUAUAAAUAAUAAUAAUAAUAUAUAGACUUUUAUAUUAUAGUAAUCAGGUACUUUUAGUACAGAAAUCUUAAUAUAAAGUAUAGAACUAUUUAUUAAUUAUCUAGAUUCUAGGUUAUAAAUGUUGUAUGUUUAUAAGAAUUAUGACCAAAGAUUGUGGUGUACCUAUGUCAGCUUGUUAUUGACUUAUUUUUUUAAUAUUACAAUAAUUAUUAUUAAUAGUUAAAAUAUCAAUAUGAUAGAAAAAUAGAUAAAAAUUAAAACAAUAUCCAGUAUCUCACAAAUUUUAAUAAAAAAAAAAACAAAAUAAAUGGAAAAUAUUUUACCGUACUGGCAGUCUUACUACAAAAACAUUUUCGAGAUAUACAACUCGUUCACGUCAUUCCAUCACACAAUUCGUGUGCCGGGUGUACAUACUAUGUUUAUGUAUAAUGUUUGAUUGACGGCCGAAUCACCUCAAAUUGAUACGUGAAUUAUAGUAGAAUUAUAGUAUAAUAGGACAUAGGUACACGUGAAGUUGUGUUGAUAUUUUGUAUCAUUAAUCAUUAAGUUAUUAUUAUAUAUUAUGUACUGUAAGUUUAUUACAUAUGUAUCCUACAAACUCAUUCUUCUAAUAAUUUUAUUAUUCCGUCUAACUAAUCCCUUGGCGCGUAUUACAUUUUUAUCAUAUGUUCAUUCUUAAUGAAUCUUUCUGUGUUUUUAUUAUUAUAUAUUAUAUUUGCAGUUUGAUGCAUUGGUGUGUAUUCCUCAAAAAAAAAAAAACAUGUUAAUUAAAA